AUGAAUGUGGAGGAAUCUAUUCAUGUGGCCUUUGAUGAGUUCAUUAUGGCUCCGAAUCAUUCUGAACAAGUUAGAAACUCUGUUGAAGAAGAUGAAAACUCCGUUUAUGAAGAAAUUCCUGAAGAAGUUGUUGAGAAAGAAGAUGAAAUUAAGCAAGUCGAAUCUCCUAGAGUUGAGUCGAUUAAAGCAUGGAAGGAAGAAUUUGAAAUGUCCAAGAUGGGAGAAUUGACAUACUUCCUUGGUCUACAAGUCAAGCAAACUAAGGAUGGUAUAUUCAUUCAUCAAUCCAAAUACUACAAUCAUCUGCUGAAAAAAUUCAAGAUGCUGGACUGCAAAGAUGCUGCAACUCCCAUGGCAACUAAUUGUUACUUGGAUCUAGACGAGACUGGAAAAAGUGUUAAUCAAAAAUUGUAUCGAUGUAUGAUUGGAUCACUACUCUAUCUUACUGUUAGUAGGCCUGACAUAAUGCAUAGUGUUUGUCUUUGUGCUAGGUUUCAAUCUACACCUAAAGAAUCACAUCUUACAACUGUAGAAAUAAUUUUAAAGUACCUCAAAGGUACCAAAGGCCUUGGACUAUGGUAUCCAAAUGGCACAAAUCUUUUUCUAAAUGGUUACAGUGAUUCUGAUUUUGGAAGUUGCAAACUAGACAGAAAAAGAACCAGUGGCACAUGUCACUUACUUGGAUCAUCAUUGAUCUCUUGGCAUUCAAAGAAACAAGCAUGUGUGGCUUUAUCUACCACUGAAGUUGAGUACAUAGUAGUUGGAAGCUGUUAUUGCACAGUCUCUUUGGAUAAAGAGUCAGUUAGAUGA